GCCUGAAGGCAAAGCGGGAGGAGGAGCAGCAGCUCCUGAGCGCACAGAAACCCGUUCCCUGUGAAUCCAUCCUCGCUCUGCAGCCAGCAGGAUGGAUUUGAUAUUUGGAAAGAAUAAGAAGGAACAGCUGGAGCCCUUGAAGGCCAAAGUGACAGGCAGGAUUCCAGCAUGGCUUCAGGGGACCCUGCUUCGCAACGGGCCUGGCAUGCACACGGUGGGGGAGAGCAGAUACAACCACUGGUUUGACGGCUUGGCCUUACUCCACAGCUUCACCAUCAGAGACGGUGAGGUCCAUUACAGGAGCAAAUACCUGAGAAGUGACACCUACAACGCCAAUAUCGAGGCCAACAGGAUCGUGGUGUCGGAGUUUGGAACAAUGGCCUACCCGGACCCCUGCAAAAACAUCUUUUCCAAAGCAUUCUCCUACUUGUCCCACACCAUCCCUGACUUCACUGACAACUGCCUGAUCAACAUCAUGAAGUGUGGAGACGACUUCUACGCAACCACAGAGACGAACUACAUCAGGAAAAUUGACCCAUGGACACUAGAGACCCUGCAGAAGGUUGAUUAUCGUAAAUAUGUGGCUAUAAACCUGGCAACGUCACAUCCUCAUUAUGAUGGGGCUGGAGAUGUUCUCAACAUGGGCACAUCCAUUGUGGACAAGGGGAAGACAAAAUAUGUGAUAUUUAAGAUCCCUGCCACAGUGCCAGAGGCCAAGAGGAAGGGGAAGAGCCCUCUGAGGCACACGGAGGUGUUCUGCUCCAUCCCCUCCCGUUCGCUCCUCUCCCCCAGCUAUUACCACAGCUUUGGAAUCAGCGAGAACUACAUCGUGUUUCUGGAGCAGCCGUUCAGGCUGGACAUUCUCAAGAUGGCAACGGCAUACAUGCGGGGAGUCAGCUGGGCUUCCUGCAUGGCCUUCCACAGGGAGGACAAGACUUACAUUCACAUCAUUGACCAGAGGACCAGAAAGCCUGUGCCCACCAAGUUUUACACAGAUGCCAUGGUGGUGUUUCACCAUGUCAACGCCUACGAGGAAGGUGACUGCAUCCUGUUUGAUGUCAUCGCCUAUGAGGACAACAGCCUCUACCAGCUCUUCUACCUGGCCAACCUCAACAAGGACUUCGAAGAGAACUGCAGGCUCACCUCGGUCCCCACCCUCCGGAGGUUUGCUGUGCCCCUCCAUGUGGACAAGAAUGCCGAAGUAGGCUCAAAUUUAAUCAAGGUGGCAUCUACGACAGCAACGGCCCUGAAGGAGAAAGAUGACCAAGUCUACUGCCAGCCAGAAGCGCUUUAUGAAGGCUUAGAGCUCCCUCGGAUCAAUUAUGCUCACAACGGAAAGCAAUACCGCUAUGUCUUUGCUGCUGAGGUUCAGUGGAGCCCAAUCCCAACCAAGAUUCUAAAAUAUGACAUUCUUACCAAGUCGACCUUAAAAUGGGGCGAGGAAUGUUGCUGGCCUGCAGAACCCCUGUUUGUGCCUGCUCCAGGUGCCAAGGACGAGGAUGAUGGAAUUAUCUUAUCUGCCAUUGUUUCUACUGAUCCUCAAAAGGCGCCUUUUCUGCUUAUUCUGGAUGCCAAAAAUUUUACGGAACUGGCUCGCGCCUCAGUUGCCGUGGAGAUGCACCUGGACCUCCACGGGUUAUUCAUCCCUGGCACGGACGGGGGCACCAGGAGCCAGGCCCCAGCAGAGACCCAGGAGGAGGAGGCUGCAGACUGCCAGGCAGCAUCACAGGCCUGA